AUGUUCUCAAAGGGAACUGAAAGAGAAGAUAUAAUAUCGAGAUAUAGACAGGAUAAUUCAAAUUAUAAUAUCUUGCCUUCUUAUCAUAUGGAUAAAGGCAUAGUUAAAAAAAAAUUAAAUCCUGGAGACGAAGUAUACCAAUUUCAUCAUGAACCACCGGCUUAUAAUUCAUCAGCAUGCCUUGAUCCUACUAUAUCCGUUCAGUCUUUUAAUUCAUGCUCAGAGAAUACGGUUACAGUGCUUGAUAAUUUGGAUUCCCUAGCUUCUUUACAAGAUAUGGUAAAGCAAGAUAUUUUCUUCACCAAAGAUGACAUAGAAGCAACAGGUAAAUCAGCACUAAACAAUGAAACAAUAGAAUAUAAGCAAGGAGAUACGAUAAGAGGGUAUAUUACUAUUGAAAAUUUAACUUCCAAGUCAAUACCAUUAAAUGUCUAUUAUGUUCUUUUCGAGGGAAUUUAUGGCAAAGAUCGCAAAUGUGAUAAAUUUCUUCAAAUGAUAGAUUUCAAGGCAUCAUUGAAUUACGAUGGUGCUGAGACACUCAUUGAUCCGGAUGAUGGAACUUAUUUAACUAUGGGAACUACAUUAUUGCCUCAGAUCAAGUACAAGAGAUUUUUCACGUUUAGGGUACCUUCGAGCUUGCUUGAGUGUGCUUGCGGAAAUCACUUGGGAAAGCAUUUACAAACUCCACCAAGCUGUGGAGAGGAUAUCAAUGAUUUAAUGCCUGCACUAAUAAGAUAUAGCAUCCGAAGCGCAUUGAUAUGCAAUAAAAAUAACGAAUACUAUAUAUUAGCAGAUAUUAGCAGGCCGGUAAGAAUAAUACCUAGGGUGGGUCUUCCUGUGAAGGGCAGUAAUAAUGAGCUACAUUCUUUGUGUAAAUCUUUGCUUGAUGAAGUUGAUCUGGAACUUUCCUCGACCAGUGGUCGAUAUUUAAAAUCAAGAUACAAGAUCGGUUCCUAUGUAGAUCAACUUCAAUUCACUAAUACAGAGAGUAACGAAUUUUCUGCUAUACUGAAGAAUCGAAGAGUGACGGCCAAUGUGCACAAUAGAGUGUACAAAUUCAAGUACUAUCCUCCACAUCUAUGCCAUAUUCCACAAUCGCUAGAGAUUCCAGUUGAUUUGGUUUUCGACUCGAACACUGAACCUUUUCCUGUAAUUAAACGGAUUUCUUGUGAGUUAGUGGUUGUAUCAAUUAAUUCCACCGACUAUUCAAUCCCACAAGAAAUAGAUCACAAUCUUUUGUUCUUGAAACAGACCAAUCUUACCUUCGAUGAUUUGCUCAUAAGACCAGCUCUUAUGUUGCUUAAAGAGAUAAAUAAGCUCAGAAAACUGAUCCCCAGUUUUACCCCAGAUCCUCAAUCAAUGUCCGAUUUAAAAUGCUUAAGCUAUCUAUCGACGUCAUAUGUUACUACAUCGAUAGAUACGAACGUUACUAAGGAUACUUCUCGCCUGUUAAAAGGCCAACAUACAAGAGCUAUGCAGCUACACCUUAACCUAAACUCGAUGUAUAUUAAAGAUCUGGAUAAAGCCAUCAAAUCCAACAGAUUUGGGAGCUUUUGUUUACUUCCCAGCUUUCAAUCGUGUAAAUUGGUUAGGAUGUAUUACGUGCGUGUCAUUCUUCAUUUACACAAUGAGGAUAUGACUAUUCAUGUGCCAAUUACUGUAGAAUAG